GACACUUCUGCAGCCUCGUCUACGACAGGAAUGCUUGCUGCUGCAGUGGGGGCAGGCGCUUCGCCUACAAAUCGUGUUAGCACCCAUUCGAAUGCAGGAACCAAAGUGAAUGAAACGAGAAAAUGCCAGCAAAACAAAUCUGGAGAUGAACCUUAUGAAUGGAGUGUUCAAAUUCAAUGGCUUAACAAUCAGGCUUGGCGAAUUACGAAAUAGGAUAGCUACAACUUCGCGUUCGCCUUCACCAUAUGCUACCACAAUCUACAACGACCGCAUCCUUCUAAUCUCAUCCUCCAAAACUAAAGAUCUUCGCUUGUAGCCGGAAUAUGUCUACGGCCGUUCAGUCUCGCAGAAACUCACGUCCGG